UGUCAACAGUGUCGCAACUACAUACUACGGGGCUCAAUGUGAGACGCUGGCGGCGACAAUAUCAAUUCUCCGUGUAGGAAGUGCUGUUCAACUCGGGGCCACAGUCACUGCAGGUGUGUUCGUGAUAUCCUCCAACCCAAUCCAUGCACACUCGACACCGCCAACCAGCACAGAUAGACCUGACCAUCGCGCUGGCGCCUUAAGAUGGCCAAAAGCAGUCCCGCCAAAUCUCCAGCUGGCCUGAAGACAACCUUGCAGACAGGAACAGAAUUAGCCAGUGCUUGGAGCAAUCCCAUACGAGCCGUAGUGCUCCUUUUUCUUGCUGCGGCCUUUUCUGUGCUAUCGCAACUUGCUCUGGCGCCGGUUUAUGGGUCAACACCAGCCCACGUGUAUCAUGAGGUUCUAUGUAACAUCGCUCUCGUGGCUGGGCUCAUUCUGAAGUCCCAUUUCCCUCAAUUGUUCCAUCACGAUGAGAAGCUGCUCCCGGUGCUACUUUUCUCUAUACCGAACAUUCAGUCUGUUCUUUUCCAAUACAGUUCCCAUCUUGGAAAUCCGUCUGGCCCGUUGCUGACUGAACUUGUCACCACCGCUCCGUUGCUUCUCCUUUCUGGAUCUAUUGCAUCCGCUUUUAUUGGCUCUUUAAAGCUGCAGCGCUAUGGAUCAUCCUUUUGGGUUCCUAUUGUCGGAGCCGUGUUGUUCAAGUCUGCACAUGACACAACGCAAUCCACGGUACCAUUAUACCUUGGCUCAACCCUGUUCUUGACCACAUUUGGACUGCAGAUUGUUCUUGCGGUUCUUUAUACUGUGAUUAUUUCCCCCAAGUUGACAUGGUUGCUUCUUGCACUACCAUCCUUGCUACUUUCCCUAACAGUAAAUGUACACAUGCCAUUUGAACGCACAGCUACGAGACUAAAUUCCACACUACAUGAGAGCAAUUACAGUCUUGUUGACCGGCAGGAGUCUUUGACAGGUUAUAUAUCUGUUUUGGAUAAUAUGGAAGUUGGCUUCCGAGCUAUGAGGUGUGAUCAUAGCCUGCUAGGAGGAGAGUGGACUCGCCGACCAACAGGCUACAAUCCAACGGCAUCAGACCCGAUAUACGCCGUUUUUACCAUGCUGGAGGCGGUUAGGCUGGCUGAGUCGGAUAGUGAUUCCCCCAGGAAUAAGGAUUCGCAUAGCAAUGCUCUAGUCAUUGGACUAGGGAUAGGCACGACGCCAGCAGCACUGAUUCAACAUGGUGUUAAUACCACCAUUGUCGAAAUUGACCCAGUUGUAUACAAAUUUGCAUUGCAGUAUUUUCACUUUCCGGAGAACCACACUGCAGUUAUCGACAAUGCUGUCACUUUUGUUGAAAAUGCACGACUGCAAUCGAAGCAAUACGAAUACAUCGUUCAUGAUGUAUUCACCGGUGGCACAGAACCAAUAGAUCUGUUCACACUGGAAUUCAUGCAAGGAUUGUACGCACUUCUCAAGGAAAAUGGCAUUGUGGCCAUCAACUACGCGGGUGAUCUCUCCCUGCCGAGUGCAGGCUUAGUUGUUCGCACAAUAAGAAGUGUUUUCCCCCUGUGUCGCAUUUUCCGCGAAAAUGGAUCGGACAAGUCUGACUCCGACCCUCUGGGGUUUACUAACAUGGUCAUCUUUUGCAAGAAAACAUCUAAAGAGCCUCUAAAUUUUCGGGCCCCGCAACCAAAUGACUACUUAGGUAGUAAAUCUAGGAAAGCCUACAUGUAUCCUCAACAUGAAAUCAACCCCAAUAUAUUCGGCGCCGGUGACACAGAUACAAAUCAGCAAGUCUUACAAAUCGGCAAGACGGAACUGCUCAAGAAAUACCAUACGCAGAGCGCCAUUGGCCAUUGGAAGAUUAUGAGAACUGUGCUUCCUGCCAAAGUGUGGGAAAACUUCUAAAUACUA